UCGCUGUCCACCCCGCCCCGCCGUCCGCCCCCUGGGCCGCACUUCUUAAGCCUUCCUCCAGGGCGCAGAGAGAUGAGGCUAACUGCGCGACUGAUGAAGGUGUUCAUCACCCGGAGGAUCCCCCCCGAGGGGCAGGCCUUGCUGGCCCGGUCCGGAAUUUCUAAAAUAGAACAGUGGGACUCAGAUGAGCCCGUACCCAGAAAGGAACUGCUGAAGGGAGUGGCUGGAGCACAGGGCGUUCUCUGCCUUUUGAGUGACAAAGUAGACAAAGAACUCCUGGAUGCUGCAGGAUCGGGUCUCAAAGUAAUCAGCACGCUCUCUGUGGGAGUUGACCAUCUUGCCCUGGAUGAAAUUAAAAAGCGAGGGAUCCGCGUGGGCUACACGCCAGACGUCCUGACGGAUGCCACAGCAGAGCUUGCGGUGGCCUUACUCCUCAGUGCCAGUCGCCGGCUGCCAGAAGCCAUGGAUGAAGUGAAGAAUGGUGGUUGGACUUCAUGGAAGCCACUCUGGAUGUGUGGCCAUGAGCUCUUGAACAGCACAGUUGGAAUUAUCGGGCUCGGAAGGAUAGGCCAAGCUAUUGCCCGUCGUCUGAAACCAUUUGGCAUCCAGAAGUUUUUAUAUACUGGACGUCAGCCCAAGCCCAAGGAGGCAGCUGAGUUCCAAGCGGAAUUUGUGUCUGCUGAGCAGCUGGCAGCCCAGUCAGACUUUGUUGUGGUGGCUUGUGCUUUAACCCCUGAAACCAAAGGGAUGUGCAACAAGGACUUAUUCCAGAAAAUGAAGAAAACUACUGUGUUUGUCAACAUCAGCAGGGGAGAUGUGGUGAACCAGGAGGACCUUUACCAGGCUUUGACUAAUGGUCAGAUUGCAGCAGCUGGGCUAGAUGUCACAAGCCCUGAACCACUGCCCACAAACCAUCCUCUCCUUUCACUGAAGAACUGUGUGAUUCUACCACACAUUGGAAGUGCUGCCUAUGGAACUCGAAACACUAUGUCAGUAAUUGCAGUUAAUAACUUGUUGGCUGGCCUAAAUGGGGGACCAAUGCCAAGUGAAUUCAAACUGUGAAGACUAAUAAACAGGGAAAAACUCACAGUUAAGGAAGUGUUAAUAAUUGUUCUGUUUUCACCUCUGCUAAACAAGUUACUGUCACCUAAAUCUUUCUGCUAUCAUAAAGAGAAUAGUGGGAAAGCCCCCCCACAUACAUACACUUGACUCAAAACUACAUGAAAAGUGCCUUGGGGUAACAUUUACUUUGUGAUUAUCCUAUAAUUUAGGAAACAAAGGUGUCAGUGGGUAUGGAACUUUCACUGUUGAAUGUUAUCUAAUGUAAACUGAAUUUCAACAAUUAAAUGACUGUUGAGUUAA